GCCCUUUGGCAGUCGAAUACGCCGCGCGAGCGCACCUGUGGCCCAUAAUUGCUCGCAGCCCUCACAGUGCUGCACAGCGACACCGCCCCCUCAAUAAUUUAGAGCGCUUCGGCACCAGACAGCUCGCUGCACCCCAAACACUGCAGCCAGGCUAAGCUAACCCAUCGCACGCCGCCGCCGCGCAGCCACGCCAUGGCCCUGCUGUGGAGAGGCUACUGCGCAGCGCUACAGCGCCACCCCUUCAAGGUCAAGGCCACGACGUCGGGCUGCACCUUCGCCGCGACCGACGCCCUCGCGCAGUCGAGAGACGACAAGCCCUACGACUGGACGGCCACAGCAAGGAACGCGUCCUUCGGCGUGUUGUGGCUGGGCCCGGCGAACCACCUCUUCUGGGGUAGAACCGUCGGCCUCGAGCGGUGGUUUCCUGGGACCUCUUGGGCGAACGUCUUCAAGCGAGUAGUGGUCGAUCAAGCAACUCUGAUGCCGCUGAACAUGGCCCUGUUUUUAGCGUGGCCGGCGCUGUGGGCCCGUGACUUGCAGAAGGCGCGGGAGGACGUCGAGGGGAGCUUCAUCGACUCGGUCAGUUUCGCGCUGUGCGUGUGGCCGGUCGUGCACCCGUUUUCUUUCCGAUACGUGCCCCUCGAGCACCGCCUGCUCGUGCUGAACGCGUGCAGCCUGGUGACGUUUUCGUUUGCCACGUUCGUGAAGGGGUCGCAGCCGUGCGACGACGACGUCUGCGAUGCGAAGGCGUUGCAGCGACGGCGGACGAUCGCGGCGGCGGCCGCCGCCGCUGGCUAGCUUGUGUAACUUACGUUGUGGUCUUACGCGUCUUCAGACCCCGAGUCGUCGCCGCGGCGGAAGCGGUCGGCCACGCGGACCACGCGGCGCGUCCGCAGCUUCUCCUCGCUCGCGCGUUGGCUCCAUACGCCUCCCCGACCGGUCCCCGAGCAGUACAGCGCCAGGAAGACUCAUCCUGGCGCGGUCCCAAAAAAAGUAAACAGCGCCGACGGCGGGCGCUGGCAUUCUGUUUGCGUGUGUUGCGCCUCGCCUCGGGCGUGUAGAAGGUAACCACCACUGCAGAAGGGCCAAGAUGGCAGCCCAAUCGAGUGCCAGCGGCUCCGGCAGCGAUUCCGCCGAUGC